GCUCUCUAAUCUCUCUCUCUCUCUCACUCGCUCAGACACAAACAAUGGAGUCCAGAGCGAAGCAUAGCUCUAAUGGAAUUAUGAACCAAGGGAAGGAUGAUUUCGGUGGCAGCCCGCCGAGAUCGGUGAGCGUAUACGACAUCGUUCUCCGUUUGAUCGCUCUCGCUACAACACUUGUAGCGGCAGUUGUAAUUGGCGUCGCAAAGCAAACAAAGACGGUCAGCAUUCAGGUAUCUCCAACCGAUCCACCGGUGCCCGUCACGGUGGUGGCCAAAACAGCAUAUGCCUCUGCGUUUGUAUACUUCCUCAUAGCCAAUGUGAUCGCAUGCGUGUACUCUGCAAUCUCAUUAGCAACAUCGACUGUGAAGAGGGCUAGCAAAAGUAAUCUGCCAUUGUUGUUGUCCAUCAUUGACAUAGCAAUGGUGGCUCUCCUCUUCUCAGGCAACGGAGCUGCAACGACCUUUGGCUUGCUAGGUGUGCGUGGCAACUCGCAUUUGCAAUGGAAGAAGGUGUGCAAUGUAUUCGGAAAGUUCUGUCUCGAUGUCACAGUUUCUAUCAUGAUGUCGAUGCUUGGAUCUCUGGCCUAUGUGCUUCUAGUCCUGCAUGCCAUAAUUAGUCUUCACAAGAGAUCUCCAUAGGAUGGAGCAAUAGAUAUAGUUAUAACUCCGUAUGUAUGAUGUAUUCUAGAUCUCUAUUUGUAACAAUAUAACGUGAUCUCUCGGACAAUGGAUAUCCUACAUUAUCUUUCUGCCCUUGUAUUGAAAAUAGAUGUCCUACUUUUAUCA